AUGGAAAACAACCCGCUAUACAUUGAACUUAACCAACAAAUCAAGGAAUUACAAGGGGAAAAUCGUCGAUUGCACACACGAACAUUCCCCUCUUCGACUCGUUCCUCUUCUUUCUCCCAAAAAAAUAGUCUAAAAUUUGACGCUAGCGAAGAAGAGAAAAAAUCUAAAUUAGCACAAGAAGUCGCAACAUUGCAGAAUUUACUUCAUGUAUUCGCAUUUGUCAAGGGACGAAACGUGAUUGUUAAUGAACGUGCAGCGAAUAAUUUGUUGCUCAACUAUCUUACACCUGUGCCUGCCACUGGAAGCAAUGGCAAAGCUUCAAAAAAUCAUUUAGGCGCUGCUCUACAGCGUCAUUUGAUUGAAUCAGUACUUCGUGUGUUGACGAAUAAAUUCAAUGAUCAGCAGGAACAGCAUCAACAACCAUUCAUUGUGGACAACAAGGGAACCAACGAGAUAUUGAGUAAUGAGUCAAAAUUAGAACUAAAAAUCCUGUCCGCCGCCGAUAAAUUAUUAAACUUGAUGACGAAUCUUCGCCCCUCGAAGAACACCAAUAACGAAUUCAUGCUCGCGUUGUCACACAAAAUACGGUACGAUAUCUUCUCAUCGAUCAAUCUUUACAGUAUCGAAAACUCGGAACGACUCUACAGAGAAAUUCAACAACUUGUCCUCAAAGAGAUGGAUAAGUAUCGUACAAGUCUGGUAUCGCCCGAGAAAAUCAAGCUAGACUCCGAAAAUCUUGCCAUUAAAAUAACAUCACUCUUUUAUCAAUUCAAAAUUUUGGAUAUCAAAGAGGUGAGGUUCUUUGGUUCCGGCACGAUUUUGGAUCGUAAAACGAUGGAUGCUGGUUACUUUGACGAUGACGAAGAUUCUGAAUACCAGAUUGAUCUCUGCUAUUUUCCGUUGAUUACAAUGGUUGGACUUGAUGGUGAAGAACAGGUCGUUAGUAAAGCCAAAGUAUUAUUACGGCCUAAAAAUCACUUGUCUUUUGAGACUUCAAAAGAUGUCGUCUUGCCAUUGCUCGUUUCCGCCGAAAAGCCGUCUUCCGCUGACAAUACAUCAAUUGACGGGUAUGAUGUAGUGCAAUCAAUGACUUCUGGUUGCUGGCGCUCCGGUUCCUCAAAUUGUGAACCAGAAAAAGCGCAACUUCGUAAAGAACGAGACGAGUUGAAACAAACUUGUGAACUUCUAUUAGAUGAAUUAGAAGCCGGGAAACAAUCUCAAAAAAAACAAGAACAAGAAGUCUCACAACAACAAUCCGAACUAGCACAGACAUGCGAAAGACUCCAAUUGGAACUGAAAAACCUCAAUUUGAAAUUUAGUAAUCUCUCUGAAGAACGAGAUUUACUAGAGGAUCAAAAUAAAGACGGUCUUAACACCCUUACUAAACUACAAACUGAAAACGAACUACUGAAAAAGAAGAUGAGUGAAUUGAUCAACGAAACGCGCGAACAGCAGCGACGUGGUGAGCAACGUGAGAUGGAACUAGAAACAAAACUGGUUGAAGUCCAACGACAAGCGUCUGCGCAAAUUGAAUUGUAUAAGGAUCAAAUUGAGGCUCAGAGCGAACAAUUUGUUGAAGAAAAAGAAGCUUUAUUAAAUGAGAUGCAGCAAUUAAAACAGGCGGCAGAAUCGCAUCAAAACGAGGAAACAUCCGCAUCGGUUUGGGCAACUCCUCCGGCUGAUGACGAAUUCGUAUUAGUUGAUUAA